UCCUAUGGCGGGUAUUUUCAUGCGGCUAUGUGUGUUCAAACAUUUUCUAUAACAUGCUGUAACAUUUCGCCUCUUUUACCGAUAUAACUUAGUUUUUUAUUAUUAAUAACCACUUUUUUUCUCUUAUUUGAAAAUGUGAAGUACAUGAGUCCGUUCAGAGUUAAUAAUGAAAGUAAAAACCCGCCUAUGUUACUGUAGCUCUUGUCAUGCACGCGCCCCAUGUGAUUCUUUUGAACUGAUACUUUGGAUCAAAGGCGUGUUUACUGAAUACACUGCACGAUCUGUGGCACCUUGUUCAAAUCUUUUUUCGGGGAUGUGGAAAGUCGAAACCGGCGGACACACUGUGAAGUCGUAAACAAUAAACACUGGAAAUAAAAGUAAAGGGCGAAUUUCGCCUCUGUUCUGUGAUAAUGGCAAAGAGUCGCUCGCUCGUGGAGGGUCUCGCUAUUGUGCUGUUCGCCUGCAGUCUCGCUCAAGCGGCGAAACUCAAUAUCCCGAAAGUUUUAUUACCUCUUUCAAGAAACACAAAAAUUAAUUUCACACUGGAAGCAACCGAAGGGUGCUAUCGAUGGUCAUCCAACAGGCCAGAGGUCGCCAGUAUAGAGGCUGUGGAUGUAAAUGAACAUCAAUGCUCCCAGAGGGCCGUUCUGCAGGCCCGCUCGACUCAGCCGUCCAGACUGACCAGUAUUAUACUCGCCGAGGACAUCUCAACAGGACAGGUGCUACGUUGUGAUGCUAUAGUGGAUGUGAUUAGUGAGAUCCAGAUUGUCUCCACUACACGAGAACUUUACCUGGAGGAUUCUCCACUGGAGCUCAAGAUUCAUGCGCUUGAUUCAGAAGGAAAUACCUUCAGUACUCUCGCCAGUCUGUUGUUCGAUUGGACUAUUGUAAAGGAUGCCAAAACAUCAGGUUUCCCUGAUUCCUACAACUCACUGCGAGUUCUGCGUUUUGCAGAAUCAGCGUACACUCCUCCAACCUACAUCUCUGAGAUGGAGCGAGUAGGACAUCAGGGAGAUAUCAUCCUGGUUUCAGGAAUCAAAACGGGACAUGCUAAGCUUAAAGCCAAAAUACAAGAAGCUCUUUAUAAGGACGUUGGUGCUGCUGAAGUCAAGUUACUGAUUCUUGAAAACGUUUUCUUAAAUCCUGCUUAUGAUGUGUAUCUGCUCGCUGGCACGUCCAUCAAAUACAAAGUUCAGAAAAUCCGUCAGGGAAAGAUCACUGAGCUGUCCAUGCCAUGUGACCAGUAUGAGCUUCACCUCCAAAACAGUGCAGUCACGCCUGAUGGAAACCCAGAGGUCCCUGUGGCAAACUUAGAGCAGAGCAGCUCGAUAGUGUUUGCCGUUCAGCACGGUCAAACCAACAUCGUGCUGGACCACAAGAGUCUGGGAAUGCAGGGAGUUUCUCGUCUCCCUAACAGCACUAUAUAUGUGGUGGAGCCAGGAUACUUGGCGUUUAAGAUUCAGCCGGAGGAACGCUGGGUACUUGAGACGGGAAGAACAUACGAAAUCUUCAUUGAAGUGUUUGAUAAGUCAGGCCACAAGAUUCAUCUGUCUGAUAAUAUUCGUAUAGCAACAACAUUCCCUGUGGAGUACUUUGAAGUUCUGGAGUCGUCCCUCAACGGAUCUUACCACUAUGUGAAAGCAUUGAAGAAUGGUCAAACCAUGAUUGACAGCAUGCUGAAAGCCGUCAUUGAUCAAGCAGGCAGCAUUCAUCUUCUCACUGUUCCCGUGCGUAACGAGCAGGAUGUUGAAAUCUACAACCCUAUAGUGCUCACACCUGCCAUCCUCACAUUUCCAUGGCAACCUAAAGAGGGGGCGUACCAGUAUACCAUCAAGGCAACCGGUGGAAGUGGAAACUUCAGCUGGUCGUCCACUAAUGCAGCGGUUGCCAUGGUUACAGUGAAAGGACGGAUGACAACAGUCAGAGAUGUUGGUGUCAGCGCAAUCUACGCCCAUGACAUGAGAAACCAACUGCACUACGGAGACAUGAAGGUGUAUGUUAUUGAGCCGGUGGGGAUGGAGUUCAGCCCUUGUGCUGUAGAAGCUCGCGUGGGGCUCAGUCUUGAUCUUCCGCUGCGGAUCUUUGGUCAACUGAAUGGAGAGAGAGUGACUCUCAGUGACUGUUCACACUUUGACAUGCAGGUGGAGAUGGAGAGCGUGGGCAUCUUCCAACUGCUGGAGGGGAGACUAGUGCCAGGUCAGAGCCACUGCAGUGGAGUUCAAGUCAAGGCCUUGACUCCUGGAUACACCAACCUUCUGGUUAGUUACACCCACAGCAACGUCCACCUCAGUGCAAAGAUCACCAUUGCUGCCUACCCACCACUUAAGGCGAUUGACCCUGUGUCCAUGGUGACGCUGGGCUCCUCUAAAGACAUGACUUUUGAAGGCGGCCCUAGACCGUGGGUGCUAGAGCCUUCUAAGUUCUUCCGAAACCUGACGGCUGAAGACCACAACAGUGUGACGCUGUCCCUGCAGGGACCAGCCUCCCGAACCUACUCCAGACAUCUGAUCAGAGCCACGUGUCGUUCUCUGAGAGAGCAGGUUUUGGCCAUGACUGUUGGUAACCAGCCCACCGUAACAAAUCCCUUCCCUGCCGUGGAACCAGCCGUGGUAAAGUUUGUGUGUGCACCUCUGUCACGUCUCACGCUGAGCCCCAUCUACACAAGCCCUCGGCUGGACGUGUCCUGCCCGCUGUUGCAGCAAAACAAACAAGUGGUGCCAGUUUCCAAUUAUCACAACCCAGAGCUGGACGUGGCAGCUUUUGACCACCAGGGCAGGAAGUUUGAUAACUUCAGCUCUUUGAGUCUCAUUUGGGAGUCGUCUAAAGUGUCUCUAGCAAGCAUCGAACCGACCAUGCCUAUGCAGUUAUACUUACACGAGGACGACGUCAAGCAGAAAAAACUUCACGGACGUCAGACCAUUCUUGUGCAUCGUGAAUCAGGCAUCGCCGCCAUCACGGUAACAGCUGUGGGCUAUCAAACAUCUCAUCUGGAGGCAGCAGCUGUUUUGAGAGGGUUUGAUCCUCUGAGCCCUGUCUCUGCCACACUGGAUCUUCUGUUAGUGGAGGAUGUGAGAGUGACCCCUAACACCAUCACCAUAUACAACCAUCCUGAUGUCAGGGCUGAUCUGACUCUGCAAGAAGGCUCAGGUCAUUUCUAUGUAAAUGCAAGUGUCAAGGGAAUUGCAGAAGUCACGUUUCAGGAGUUCCAGGGGAUCGCUCAGGUGGUUCCCUCGCAGGUGGGGGUCUUGCAAGUAAUGGUCCAUGACCUCUGCUUGACCUUUCCUUCCCCUGCCAUUGCUACAGUACACAUUGCUGAUAUUCUGGAGGUUGUCGUGCGUGUCGUCGACAAGGUAGAGAUUGGCAAAUCAGUCAAAGCAUAUGUUCGGGUUUUGGAUGGCAACAGAAAGCCUUUUCAGUCCAAAUAUUUCUCUGUCAUGAAUCUCCAGCUGAGACCAGCAUCAUCUAUUAUCUCUUUACAAGCUUUGUCAGAUUCCUCGGAGGAGGACACAGCCACGUUUCUGGUCAAAGGUCUGAUGAUCGGACAGACCAGUGUGUCUGCUAUGGUGACGGAUAAAAACGGCAGAAAAAUCAUUUCUGCCCUCCAGCAAAUAGAAGUCUUUCCACCUUUCAGGCUGCUGCCCAGGAAGGUCACUCUUAUAAUAGGAGCAAUGAUGCAGAUCACAUCAGAGGGCGGACCACAGCCCCAGUCCAACAUCCUCUUUUCUUUGUCCCAUGAGAACAUCGCCUCCAUCAACAGUCUCGGUCACGUUCAGGGCCUGUCAGUGGGCAACAUGACUGUAACCGGCGUGGUUCAAGCUGUCGACACAGAAACAGGCAAACUAGUGGUUGUGUCACAGGAUCAAGUGGAUGUUGAGGUUGUCCAGCUGAAAGCCAUUCGAAUUAGAGCUCCCAUCACCAGAAUGAAGACAGAAACCCAGAUGCCAGUUUAUGUGAUGGGCCUGACCAGCACUCAGGCGCCUUUCUCUUUCGGUAAUGCUUUACCGGGACUGACCUUCCACUGGUCUGUGACCAAGAGAGACAUCCUGGACAUCCACACACGCCACACAGAGGCUUCAGUCCAGCUCAGCGCAGAACACAACUUCGCCAUGAGCGUGUUUGGCAGGAGUAAAGGCCGAACAGGUCUGAGAGUGCAGGUGAAGGCCACUGUUCCUCUCGCUGGGCACCUACAAGACAACGCUCUGGAGCUCCACGAUGAGAUCCAGAUUCAGGUUUAUGAUAAACUGCGGCUGCUCAACCCUGAAGUUCAAGCUGAAGAGAUACUGAUGUCCCCAAACUCACUGGUGAAACUGCAGACCAACAGAGAUGGACUGGGGUCUUUGUCCUAUCGUGUGCUGGAGUGUCCUGACAGAACUACUCUCAUUCAGGUUGAUGAUAAAGGUCUUCUGACAUCGGGGUCUGUAACAGGAACAGCAUCACUACAGAUCAGCUCGCAGGAAACCUUUGGAGUAAAUCAAACCAUCAUUAUCGCUGUGAAGGUGGUGACUGUAUCAUAUCUGCGUGUUAGCACCAGUCCAGUGUUGUACACGUCUAACAGAGAGACUCUAUCUGCCAUCCCGCUGGGAGCUGUGCUCACCUUUACUGUUCACUUUCACGACAGCACAGGAGAGAUGUUAAACAGCCACAACACACUGCUCACGUUCUCCACCAACAGGGAGGAUUUGGUUCAGGUGGGUAAGGGUUCGAGUAACAGCACCCUGAUUGUGCGCACAGUGAACGUGGGUUUGACUCUGCUGGCAGUCUGGGAUUCGGGCCAGACCGGACUCACAGAUUAUCUCGCUCUGCCCGUCCAACACGCCAUCCAUCCUGCUGAAGCCCAGCGGCUGGUGGUCGGGGAUGUGGUGUGUUUUUCAGCUCUGUUGGUUAAUCAGGAAGGCGUGUCGGGUGUUUGGAGUUCGUCGUCCAGUGCUCUGUUGGAGGUUGAAUCCAGGUCUGGAGUCGCUGUAGCCAGAGACACUGGAACAGUCACUGUGUACUAUGAAAUAGCGGGUCAGAUUCGCACAUUCCGGGAGGUUUUUAUUGAAAGUGCAUCACAAACAACUGCGAUGCUUCCAUCAUCUUCAGUGAAGAGACAGAGAGACGGGAAAGUCCUGAUAGCAACCAGAGACAGGCGGAGCAACCUCAUUGGAAGCUGCUCUUCUUCACAGACAGACAGCAUCUCAUCGCUCCACCCAGAGUCCUCCAUCAGCUGCCAUGUCCGCUUCACCAGCAGCGCUGUGGAUUUCUCUGCCCGUGAUGUCUACCACACGCACACUUCCUUUGACACCAGCACAGGUCUUUCAUGCAGUUAUUUUUCUGCAUCCUACAGAUGCAUUGGAAUUUUACAGCCUUUUCCUUUUAACCUGUCCGAAACAAAUCCUUUUUUCAUAAUCAGUUAUAUGCAAGUUUUUUGCCCACUGUUACUGUAGACCGUGAUUAAAUUAAGUGAUGACAAAUGGGCAAUUCCAUGCAAAUGUCAACCUUAGAAUUUUUUUUACUAAAGGCUCACCAUACAAUAUUGGGUGGUUUAAAUACCCAUGUAAACUCUCUCUUAAAGGGAUAGUUCAUCCAAAA